CUCAUUUCACAUCGAGGUAUACUCAGGCAUUAUGAAGCCAUUUGUAUGUUCUUAACUGAUGGUGAAUGUCAUUGAUCUUAUAGCCGUUGGGCACUCCCACAACAGCUUUUUUUUCUGCCGAGAUGACACAAUCAGAUCUGUCGGGAAGAGCGGCGUUUUACCUUAAGACGAUACAACUGGGUUAUAGUAAUUGGAAAUUCGAAACAGACGAUCGAGGAAAUAAGACAUGUGUGGAAAAUCCAAAAAUACUGGAUGCUUAUAUAAUGCCCCUACUUGGUGAAUUAAGACUGGCAGUAAGUUGUAUCGCAUGUCUUUCUUUCCAAGCAGCUGACCAGGGACAGCAUCUUCCAUAUACAGUUCUCUGGUUCAAAGUGCCUACUCCCCUUGCUAAGAAAGACGGCGGCUACCUUAUUCCUUUACAUAUUAUCUCGGCUGAGCCCCGACGCUUCCCUGGCAGUGAAUUGCACCCAGGUAAGCCGGAAAGCUUAUCGGAGAGUCUUGACAUCAGCCCAGAGUUCGUCGCUAUCAUAGCCUUGCCGAAGUCCAACGAUGUCAUCAUACAUACUAAUUAAAGGGCACCAAGAUAAUAGCUAUGUAUUUCUUUUAUUAGUACUG